GGAGAUUACUCUCAUUUCUUUUACACGAUUGACUGCUCACUGUCUGAUAACAGAAAAUGCAUCCGUGAGAAAAUGGCCUCAUCCGUCAGUUUCCGUUUACUUUAUUUGGUGGGAUGAACAUAAAACACGCUAAACCGAACAUAUCAGAAAAUAGGAAUGUAUAGAAACUCACAAAUGGUGAUCAUGAAGGAAAUCUAAGCUGUAUUUUUACAUCAACAAAUUCUUAAACGCAAAAUGGGAGAGCAAAAGAAAGAUUAUAUGAUGAAAAGGGCUAUGAACAAAAGCACCUUCAUCAGUGCCUCCAACUACAAGAAUCGCUGGUUUGUCUUAGAUGACAGGGAUCUCAAAUACUUUGAAGGCACCCUUGAUAAACAAGGCAAACAAAAGGGUGGUGUGGAAUUGCGAAAAAUAAAAGCAGUGGAGACUGUUGAAGACAACGUGCUGGACAAUAAAAUUAACGUAUUUCAGGUUGUACAUGCUUCCCAGAAAAAUAAUGAAAUUUUGACAUUGUACAUUGUGGCACAAGACGAUAUUCAAAGACAAGACUGGGUCACAAAGCUCAGGAAAGCUGCCGAGAAUGCUGAUGCAACAUUUAUACCAAAGUAUCACAAAGGGGUUUGGAUCAGUGGAAAUUACACAUGCUGUAACCAGAUUUCAAAGAAUGCCAUUGGCUGUGAAGUCACUUCCACAGAAAGAGAGUUUGGAGGAACCCCCUCAGGCCUCCCACCUCCCCCUUCAAUCCCUGCCCCCUCCCCAGAGCCCACACCAAAGAAAAUAUUUGUAGCAGUGUACAAUUUUACACCAACAGAAGAGGAGGAUCUAGAACUUUUACAGGGAGAAGAGUAUGAAAUUUUAGAUGACUCGAGAGAACAUUGGUGGCGAGCAAAAAAUAAAAAUGGGAGGACUGGCUAUAUACCAUCAAAUUAUGUCAAAAAGAAAUUUGAUUUAGAAAUGUUUGAUUGGUAUUAUAAAAAUUCUACACGAGAAAGAAGUGAAGCUAUUCUCAAAGAGGAACAAAGAGAAGGUUGUUUUUUGGUGCGAGAAUCAAGUGCACCGGGCAUGUUCACUAUGUCCCUUUAUACCCAAGAAAAUGAUGGGCAAGUUCGACAUUAUCAUAUAAAGAAGAAUGACAAAGGCUACUAUUAUAUAGCAGAGAAAUAUGCAUUUCCUUCAAUAUCUGAACUAGUGCACUAUCAUAAACACAAUUCUGCAGGACUUGCUACCCGUUUAAAGUGUCCGCCUACUAGAAGUGGAACAUCAGCCCCAGCUACAGCAGGCUUUAGCUCCAGUAAAUUUGAGAUUGACCCAUCAGAGAUUUCUAUUGGAGAGCAGCUUGGUGCAGGUUGUUUUGGGACUGUUCAUGAGGGCAAGUGGCGUGGUAAACGCGUUGCUGUGAAGAUGAUGAAAGAAUCUACCAUGUCUGACGAUGGUUUCAUUGAGGAAGCUAAAACCAUGACACAAUUAAACCACAACAAUUUAGUGCAGCUUUAUGGCAUUGUAACCAAGAAACGGCCAUUAAUUAUUGUCACGGAACUUAUGCAGUAUGGGUCAUUGCUGUCCUACCUUAGACGACACAAAGCACGCCUGUUAAGCAAGACCGCAACAUUACUAGACAUGUGUUCACAAGUUUGCAAUGGAAUGACAUAUCUGGAAAAGAGGAGGUUCAUUCACAGAGAUCUGGCUGCCAGAAAUUGCCUGGUGGGACAGAGUACAGUAGUCAAAGUGGCUGAUUUUGGUCUAGCAAGGUAUGUGAUAGAUGAUGAGUACACCAGUUCAACAGGAACUAAAUUCCCAGUCAAGUGGGCACCACCAGAGGUACUAAGUUAUACCCGUUUCAGCAGCAAAUCUGAUGUCUGGGCAUAUGGUAUUCUGAUGUGGGAGAUCUUUACUGGUGGAGUUAUGCCAUAUGACAAAAUGAAGAAUGUGGAAGUUGUAGACUAUGUGUGUCAUUCAAGACAGCGUCUUGAAAAGCCAAGUGCUUGUCCAGAGAAGAUUUAUAAAGUGAUGCUUCAAUGUUGGCAACAUGAAUCAGAUAAAAGACCAUCAUUUGUUGACUUGCUGCAACUACUGGGAGGACUGCUGGAACAGGGAAAUUAUCCGUUUAUUAGUACAUGAUUGUUUGGUGAUCUUGAACAGUUAUGGCAUUGUUAGCAUUGCAAAAUUGAAUUUGUAAACAAAUGAGAGUGUCACGGGAUUAGAAAACCCUCAUUUGCAGACUCUUUCACCAAGUUAGGGCCUUAAAUCUUUUGUACAAAUUUGACCAAUGGUAACAACUGAGAAUUUAAGACAAAGCCUUUGAAAAAAUGAGGAAAGGUGGACAGAUAUGUUGAAAUUUGUGCACUGUGAUGCUAUGCACAGUAUGAUAUUUAAUUUACUCACUUUACUUUUCUUUAGCCAGAAAAUGGUACCAUUAUCACAAAUUAUAUUCCUUAUAAGGGAUUUCUGUCAAAAAAUUAUUUUUCAUUGAAUAGAAGUUUUCCCUCCUAUAAUCUCCACCCCUGUAUUAAAGUUUAUACUUGUACGUGAAUUAUUUUGAUUGGAUUGUUUAUAACAUUUGACAGAGACUAUAUGGGUAUAAGUCUUACUUUUAAAUUCUAUACGAGCUAAACUGCAUUUAACUUACACAAACACAUUGCACACAUGUUAUAUUGUUAUCAGAUAACAAUGAUAAUUUGUAUAGUAAUAAUGAGCCAUUCAUAAACUAUAAGUGCUUCCAAAUUCAUUAACUGGCUUGAGUUUUUACAAUAUACACAUAUAUACAUCGUACAUAUAGUUUUGAUAUGUAUACAUUUCAUGAUUUCUUGCUCUUAGUUGUUCUGAAAUACUUUUGGACCUCAUUAUUUUUUUAAUUAUCAAUCAUCCAUCUUUCAUGAGAGGAUAGAAAUGUUGUUACUAGACUCGCUUUAUACUUCAUUUCGAUAGCAUUAUUUUUAUUUUUUUCAUCAUUUGUGGGUAUAUAUUCUUUGCCCUCAAUAUUGAAAAUUUUUUUUUAUCAAAUAGGGCUCUACAUUUAUUAACAUGUACAAAAGGUUAGAAUCAAGUAUAUGGGGUUAAUAUUUUGAGAAUUAACCAUUAAAGAGCAUUUGUAUUUUUACUAAGGCCACAGUUUUUUUAAUUUAUUGGUUUACGGAUUUUUGUUUUGAAAAUUGGGGUUGGUCGGGAGAAAAAAAAUAAAAAUAAAAUAAACAUUUUUGAUAUCUAUCGUUUUAUUUUCAAUAAAUCAUUAACAUCAUUUCGUGAGUACAAAUAAACAAACCACGUAUUAAAUCACUGCUAAAUAUUAGGUUAAAAAAUCUUCAGAGUGACUAGUAUGCUAUGAAUUUUGAAAAAAAAAAUGCAAUUUCAAAUUCAGUGUAUAAUUAUUAUCUAUGUUACACUUUGGUAAAGCAUAAGCUGAGAAAAUGUGUAAGGUCAUAUCUCUUUGAUGUUGUAAAGUAUCCAGUAUUUAUAUUACGUUGUUCAGUAAUUAUGCUGUAUAUGCUCAACAAAGAUUUUACAUUUACAAGUUGUAAAUAUAAUGAAAAAAAUUUAAUAUAGAAGCAUUAUUACAAUUUUAUGUACUAAUUCCAUUUUUAAUCUUGGAAUGCUUAUACCCCAUGAAAUAAUUUUAACCCAAUUUUUCCUACUUAGAUAUGCCCUUAGAAUAUUCUCUACCACCGUUUUUUUGAAAAAAGUGUUUUCAGUUUUUAAGUUUUAUUUGGUAUUCAAAUUCUUUCCACCACUACACAAGGUAUACUAAUUUUCGAGACAUAUGCAUACCUUGCCGAGUUUCAUCUGGGAAUUGGUCAUAUUUUUUACGGGCGUUCAUUAUAGUAUCAAAAGCGUCUAACAAUUUCUCACACUGUUCUAUUCCCUGUUCGGGUUUUUGACGGCAGAGAUACACGUAGAUGUAUUCAAAUACGUUUAUUAUGGCAUGUACUGCUGUGGUAUAAAGUCUCUAGUUAAAAUAAUCUAACAGUGUUUCGGGACAGGCUCUCACCACACAGGCCCUCACCACACUCAAACCGGGUCCGUAGGACAUUAUCACUUUAAAUAAUGAUAGAACAUCCUAUCUAGUAAAGUCGCUAACAAUUGUACCUUUCCCCUCAUCUUUAAACACCCAAAUAACACUUCAAAAAUGUAUGAGAAAUAUUUAUUUCUAUCAAUUCCCUUUUUUUUGGGGUGAAGAAAUGCCAUCUGGCAUAUAUUUUGUCAACAAGAACGAUAUACAGGUAUCGUUACUGUCAUCGUGGCCGUAUCUGUUUACAUGGUUUUUAAAAAUACGGAAUAGAGAUAUUUGGCAAAAUGAAGAGGGAUUACCAAAUACAAAUCAAUAGGUUUGCGUUUCACGAUUUUCUAUUCGUAAAAUUUAAAAUGCAUUUUAUUUUUAUUUUUGGUUUGACACGUCGGGUAGAAUCGGUGGAAUUAAAAAAAAGUAGAAAUUUGCAUUUUAUUUUUUUUCGAUUUCCCAGAAAUUAGGGUCGGGCGAAUCUGUAAACCAAGAAAUAAAAAAACUGUGACCUAAGGAAUAUUGAAUGGUGUUUGUAUUUCUGGAUUCUAGAAUAAGGUGUUUUGAUACAUUUGUAUUUUAUUAGAACUACCAGUCAAUUAUUAUUCUUUGACUUUGGAUUUCUACACAAAUGUACAUGAUAUUGCAUCUCUUGCACCAUUAUAUGAUUCAAUACAAAAUUGGUGCAUUGUAUUGAAAAUGUUUUGUAGAGUCAACAUUAUCUGUGAUGUUCUUUGAAAAUAUUAUGUCAACAAUCUUCAGUUGUCUCAAUACACACUUCAUUUAAAUUCUAGUUUUUACCAUAUGCAGUCAAAAAAAAUAAAAAUAGAUACAAUAUGGCUCAUAUGUUGUACCUCCAUGACAGUGUAGCCUUGAUCCAGCAUGUUUGAUGAUUAUAAGUACAGAUGUCAUCUGAGAAUGUUAUCAUAGGUGUAUGUAUAAGUGCUGGAAAUGAUUGAUGUGUGUAUAUAUAACAGUUUUAUUUAACAAUAGUACAAGCAAUAUAUACUGGUAGUAUCAGGAUACGAACAACAUUUUUUUAUGUGUAUUUAUAUUUUGAAUGUGUAGUAUUUCUUGACACAAGAUGCUUUAUGCUGUCCACUACAUGUAAACUGCAAGUGAAAAUUUUUAAUUGGUAAGUUAUACACUAGUCUCUGCAUAGUAGUGACCAUUAUACAUGUGCAUUUUUGUCCAUUUUUUUUUUUACUGAAAUGUUAAACUCAGUUUUUGUAAUAAUGCUUAUUGAUUACAUACAUGGUUAAAGCAAACCUCCAGGGUCAGCAAAAUACAGUUCAUUAUAACCAAACUUCAUUUUAUCCAAUACAAUUCUCAUUAUUUUCUUCUCACACAGGAAUAAAUAUCACUUCGCCAUACUUGUGAAUUUGUUAUAAGCGUGUUCGUUAUAAGCAGGUUUUACUGUAUAUGCACAUGUAUGUCAAGGUUAGCUUUAUGACUGAUUACACUGUUUCUGCAUAAGUGUAAUUAAAUUUUUGAAGAUAAAUCUUUUACAAGUCAGUGUUUGAGAGCAGAGAACACUUAACAGGUGCUAUUUGAUACCAAUUCAACGAAAACACAAAGUGGAUUUAUCAGUUGAUGUCCAAAAAAACCAAUAUGAAUUUUCCAAUCUGUUGAUGGGCUUUUGAAAGUCAAUGUUUGUUUUGCAUAGCACAAUUCAAGCUAAUAAUCUUCGGGUUUUUUUCGUCUCUUUUGCACUAAAAAUGGGGGUGUAAAGAGCCAAGACAUUAAAGUACUACAGUCCUCAGGUUUUCUGAUUGAAGACAGAAAGUUAACAUUUUAUGUUGUAUAACAAUGUAUUUAAUGUUUUCCACCGAUAUGAAUCUUCAGAUACCCUAACUAUUUUUAAAAUUACAAAUCUUUACAGUUAGGAAUUUUUAAAAAUGAUGUUCUAGAUUAUCUCAAAAGUGUUGCUAUUGUCCGAAUUUCUUUCCUCUGUCACAUGUUGGACAUGCAUCUCUCAAUUUCUUAAAUGGCAAAAACUUGGUAUGAGUGAUUUGUCAGAGGAGUUCGUUAUCAAGAUAAACAAGGUUUCUAACAUGAUGUCAAAAUCUUUUUGCUCACUUUAAUUUAGGACAAUGGGAGCGUGUUUUGUUUCAAAACUCUCAUAUUUUUGUAUGUUGUAACCAACACUUUAUACUAUGAAAUUCAAGCCACCCCAUCCAAAAAACUGCAUAGAAAUGUUCACAAAAAGAAAAUUUGUAAGAAUAUUUUUUAAAAAUAUAUAUGUGAUGGAAAAAUCACUACAAAUAAUAGCUGCAAUUCAAAUCAUUAUUGAGCAAUUUUCUGUAAAAACAUAACUUCUCUGACUCAUAGGUAAAUGAAAGAAAUAUACCAUCUUUUCUAACAGAUGUUCUAAUUCCCCAAUUUGAGAGCAAAAGAUCCUUUACUCUUGAUUUGGGGUAUUAUAACAGAUGUAUUUUAAAAGUAAAUGGUAUGUUAAGUAAAUGGUUUAUUAUUUUCCUUUGCUUUGACUUGGAUUUCUGCAUUUGAUUUGUCUAGGCAAUGUUUUCAAUUCAUAUUCAAGUAUAGAUAAACAAAAUUUGUUUCGAGCAUCUUUUGACUUGAGGGUAUUUUUUUCAUCAAAAGUGCUUUUUUAUUGAAUUUUCACCGUUUGUUUCCGAUCUAGAUUCAAAGCCUUGCUACUUGUAUACAUACUAAUACACACUCUUCCAGGAUCUAUGCGAGCCCCUAAAUAAACACUCACAUUGUCUUUGUGAUUUUUUUAAAUGACACUUUAUUAUUUUUUUUUUCUUUUUAGUUUUAGGUUUGUGGUUUUUGUUUGUUUGUUUUUUGGUAAGUAUUAAAGAGCAUUGUUUAUUGGAUGAUCAAGGCAACUGUAAUAAUUAAAUUGAUUGUAAUAAACUCGUAAUUCAUAGUAAACACUGGUUUUUCUGUAGCCAUCCCCAUUCCUUUUCCCUAUUUGUAUAGAACCUACAUUCUAUAGAACUUUAAACAGCCUUUAUUCAUCCCCAUAGUUACAGGAAUGAGAUACACAUAGACAUCUUGUUUAAUAUUAAUUGUUCUGAAAGGCUAUAGUUUUGAUUUUAUUUAAUGGAUAAUAUCAUUGAUGUUUUGAGUAAAAUAAUUGAUGACUAUUAAUAUUAAAUCAUGUAUCAGCAUAAAGUUUGUAAAGUUUACAAAUAACUCAUUUUAUUGUUAAUAUUCAUUUUGUUGUUAAAAUACAUUCUAUUUGAUGAAAUUAAAGCUGCAUGUAAUCUUUUAUGGUGUAUUGGAUUCUCUACACAUAUGAUGCACUAGUAUAAAAUACAAGAGACCCCCCCCCCCCCCCCCCCCCCCCCCCCCACACACACACACACACACAUGUACAAUUAUACCUUUGUUGUUGCUAAACCUCUCUGUUAUUAAUGAAAUACAAAACAAAACUAAAACAUUGCUUUAAUACAGAUGCACCAAUAAAAUCCUUAAUUUGCCAAAUUUUCUUGAUGAAUUCAUUUAAUUAUGUGGAAGAAAAGCAUUAAGAUGACCAAUACGCAUGUUGUCUCGUCCAAUGAAAUUUUGUACAAAUUAUGUGUAUUUUAGUACGAGUAUUUAUUAAAUUUGACUUGAUGUUGGACAUUAUGUAUAUAAAUGUGAAUAUUUACACUUGACGUUGAAUGUGAUGGUGAAUACAACAGUAACACUAUAUGAGGAUGAUUUUUUUUUUACUAGUACUGUGUGAAAGUCUCUUUGUGUUCUUGUUAAAGAGCAUCAGCAGUUUAUUGGUUUAUUAACUGUGAUUCCGUUAAGGGGGUUAAUUCUCAUGUUCAUAACCUGUCGAGUACAGCAUACAUGUAUUAAACAUGAAUUGUGUUUAUCUUUAUAGUACUACCAUUAAACAUGAAUUGUGUUUAUCUUUAUAGUACUACCAAGUUCUUCCUGUAACUGAUAACGCUGUUUAAUUUUAUACAGUAAUUUUUAAUACAAUUAUGAAAAUGCU